GGUGCCUCAAAUUGAUGUUCCAAAUCUCAAACCCAUUUUUGGAAUUCCUUUGGCUGAUGCAGCAGAACGAACCAUGAUGUAUGAUGGCAUUCGACUUCCUGCAGUUUUCCGUGAAUGUGUAGAUUAUGUAGAGAAGUAUGGCAUGAAGUGUGAAGGCAUCUACCGAGUUUCAGGAAUUAAAUCAAAGGUGGAUGAGCUGAAAGCAGCCUAUGACAGAGAGGAGUCUCCAAACUUGGAAGACUAUGAACCCAACACUGUAGCCAGUUUGCUGAAGCAAUAUUUUGAGACCUUCCAGAGAAUCUGCUUACCAAAGAGCUUAUCCCCUGCUUUGAAGAGGCUUGUGGGAGAAGCACAGAGAGUGAGAAAGUGCAGGAGCUACAGCGCUUACUGAAGGAACUGCCAGAAUGUAACUAUCUUCUGAUUUCCUGGCUGAUUGUGCACAUGGACCAUGUUAUUGAAAAAGAACUGGAAACAAAAAUGAAUAUACAGAACAUUUCUAUAGUGCUCAGCCCAACGGUUCAGAUUAGCAACCGGGUCCUGUAUGUGUUUUUUACUCAUGUACAAGAGCUUUUUGGAAAUGUGAUACUAAAACAAGUGACAAAACCUCUUCGAUGGUCUAACAUGGCC